UCGGCGGGGCCGCCUCGUCCUCCUCAGCGGCCGCGGCUCCGCUCCCCGCCAGGCCAUGGCCGAGCUCAAGUCGUUGGGCGGAGAAGCGUACCUGGCGCUGCCGCCGGGGUACGGCCCGUCCGCCUUCGCCUAUGGGGCUGUGCGCGGCGGCACGGAGGGCCCGCGGGGAGCCUACCCGGGGGGCGGCGGAGCGGACUUCCAUCCCGGAGCGCUGGGCAAGUCGGCGGAGAGCAGCGGCGAGCAGAGCGGCGACGAGGAGGACGGCUUCGAGGCCGGGGUGAAGGGCGGCGCGGGCUUCGAGCGAGAGGGCAAGCUGAAAGGGGGAGCCCUGGGUAAGAAGCCGAAAGAGCAGCGCUCGCUGCGCCUCAGCAUCAACGCGCGGGAGCGGCGGAGGAUGCACGACCUGAACGACGCGCUGGAUGGGCUGCGCUCCGUCAUCCCUUAUGCCCACAGCCCCUCGGUGCGGAAACUCUCCAAAAUCGCCACCCUGCUCCUGGCCAAGAACUACAUCCUCAUGCAGGCGCAGGCCCUGGAGGAGAUGCGGCGGCUGGUGGCCUACCUGAACCAGGGCCAGGCGCUGAGCGCCCCGCUGCCCGCCACCCUCAACCCCUUCGCACAGUCGGCCGUGUACCCCUUCGGCGGAGCGGCCUUGCCCGGCUGCCCCGAGAAAUGCACUGCCUUCACAGGAGCCGCCUCCCUCUGCAAACACUGUAACGACAAGCCUUGACUUCUGCCUUCUGCGGGCUUUCGGGGGGUUAUUUUAUUUAUCUUUAUUUUUUGGGUUUUUUUUUUUUCUGUGCGCUUUUCUUUCCACCGCCAUCAGCCCCGGCUUCCCACCAUCAGUUAAGUCUGGGUUUUCUUUCUGUUCGCUUCUCUUAAAACACCCCUGUCCCCACGCCCCAUCUGGAGAUGUCUGGCAGUUUAUGUGGACCCCAAAAGCACCCGCUUACAACUUUUAGCUCCCCUUCCACACAUGCAACUCCCAUCUGUAGAGUUAUUUCCUUCCCAGCCUGUUAGUGGACUGUGAGCGUGAUGUUGCUUUUCUGCUUGCUCUGAUCUGCAAAGUUUUUGAGCAGUUUUUAAACUAAACUAUAGGAAAACAGGGAGAGAGAUUGAUCUGGAAAUGGAAACCCCAGCGAGUUCUCUUUGGUCUUGAUCAGCUUGUGUUUAAAACAUAGCUUAAAAGGAGGGAGGGAAGCAAAAUCCAGCUGCAAAACUAUGCAACGGUUCAGAAUCAUGGGGGUGGGGGGAUGUAGCCAGCUCGGCUUGGACUGCACCCAGAAAGCCAAAUGGAAAUGUCAUUUGGUCAGCUUUUGGGAGGGGGGGGGAAAGUUUGGUGCUCUUGGUAAAACUGUACAUGCUUCAAAAUAAGAUGCUUUUUUCUUCUUUUUUCUUUUUUCUCUUAAAAAGAAAAAACCAGCCUGUUUUUGAACUGAGAGGAACCUGUGAUUGUAUCUACUGCUUGCUCUUUGCCUGUUUCUCAUCUUGGUGAAGUUUUCCAGGUGAUUUUCCAAAGUCAUUGCUCAUCAUGAUAAACAAAAGCAAAAGGUCACUUAACGUAUUUAUAUGUAUUUAUAAUAAAUAAAAGACAUGAAUAACCAC